AGUGUUAGUGUUAGUCCUAGUGUUAGUGUUAGUCCUAGUGUUAGUGUUAGUCCUAGUUUUAGUGUUAGUGUUAGUGUUAGUGUUAGUCCUAGUGUUAGUGUUAGUCCUAGUGUUAGUGUUAGUGUUAGUCCUAGUGUUAGUCCUAGUGUUAGUGUUAGUCCUAGUGUUAGUCCUAGUGUUAGUGUUAGUGUUAGUGUUAGUGUUAGUCCUAGUGUUAGUGUUAGUCCUAGUGUUAGUCCUAGUGUUAGUGUUAGUCCUAGUGUUAGUGUUAGUGUUAGUGUUAGUCCUAGUUUUAGUGUUAGUGUUAGUCCUAGUGUUAGUGUUAGUCCUAGUGUUAGUGUUAGUCCUAGUGUUAGUGUUAGUCCUAGUGUUAGUGUUAGUCCUAGUGUUAGUGUUAGUCCUAGUGUUAGUGUUAGUGUUAGUGUUAGUCCUAGUGUUAGUGUUAGUCCUAGUGUUAGUGUUAGUGUUAGUGUUAGUCCUAGUGUUAGUGUUAGUCCUAGUGUUAGUGUUAGUCCUAGUGUUAGUGUUAGUGUUAGUGUUAGUCCUAGUGUUAGUGUUAGUCCUAGUGUUAGUCCUAGUGUUAGUGUUAGUCCUAGUGUUAGUGUUAGUCCUAGUGUUAGUGUUAGUCCUAGUGUUAGUCCUAGUGUUAGUGUUAGUCCUAGUGUUAGUCCUAGUGUUAGUGUUAGUCCUAGUUUUAGUCCUAGUGUUAGUCCUAGUUUUAGUGUUAGUGUUAGUCCUAGUGUUAGUGUUAGUGUUAGUCCUAGUGUUAGUGUUAGUCCUAGUGUUAGUCCUAGUGUUAGUGUUAGUCCUAGUGUUAGUCCUAGUGUUAGUGUUAGUCCUAGUGUUAGUGUUAGUGUUAGUCCUAGUGUUAGUGUUAGUCCUAGUUUUAGUCCUAGUGUUAGUCCUAGUUUUAGUGUUAGUGUUAGUCCUAGUGUUAGUGUUAGUGUUAGUCCUAGUGUUAGUGUUAGUCCUAGUGUUAGUCCUAGUGUUAGUGUUAGUCCUAGUGUUAGUCCUAGUGUUAGUGUUAGUCCUAGUGUUAGUGUUAGUGUUAGUCCUAGUGUUAGUGUUAGUGUUAGUGUUAGUCCUAGUGUUAGUGUUAGUGUUAGUCCUAGUGUUAGUGUUAGUGUUAGUCCUAGUGUUAGUGUUAGUGUUAGUCCUAGUGUUAGUCCUAGUGUUAGUGUUAGUCCUAGUGUUAGUCCUAGUGUUAGUGUUAGU